UUUUUCUAUGGUUUUAUUGACCGACUGAUUGGCAAUAACGCAAGUAGUGUAAAUUGGUCUAAUUUGCCUAAUUUGAUAUUGGGAUUCAUCAUCCCUUGCAUAACCUAAAAUGAGUAGACCAAUAAGUAAUCCUGGUCCUCCACCGAAGCGGUGGUUGUAUUGCCCUAGAAAAAGCCACCAGCUAAUUGUAGGCAAAUUUAUGGCGCUCAAAACUCCGCUAAGUAGUAAUUUUGACGAUCAGAUACCGCCAGAAUGUAGGUUCCACCCAAAAAUGUUUUUCGACAUAUGCAAUGCCAAAAAGAUUAAGUUUGGUUUGUGGAUAGAUCUUACCAAUACUACAAGAUUUUAUAAUAAGAAAGAAAUUCAGGAUUACGGAUGUAGAUAUGUUAAGUUACAAUGUAGGGGUCACGGAGAGACUCCAUCUGUAGAGCAAACGAAAAUGUUUAUUCAGUUAGUGUCAAAUUUUAUAUCACAAAACCCUUUAAAAAGUAUAGCAGUGCACUGCACACAUGGAUUUAACCGAACUGGGUUUCUUAUAGUAUCGUACUUGGUGGAGAACAUGGAUUUCAGCCUUGAAGUUGCUCUUCAAACUUUUGCACAAGCUAGACCUGUUGGGAUAUACAAAGAUGAUUACCUGGAGGAAUUGUAUAAAAGAUAUGAUGUUUUGGAGGACAAACCACCUCCACCAAAUUUGCCUGAAUGGUGCUUUGAGAGUGAUGAUAGGAAUGAUGAAAAUGGUGAUGAUCAUGAAUCUUUAAGUACAGCAUCAACUUCAUCUUCAGAACAAAACAAUACUGGACCACCUAGAAAAAAAUUGAAACGUCACAAGGAUGCUACAACAAAAUUCAUGGAAGGCGUCCCCAAUGUAGAAUAUUUUGAUGAGCCUGAUAAGGCUUUUCAAUUGCAAAGAAAGGUUCAGAGAAUGUGUGGAUGGAAAGAUAAAGAAUUUCCAGGAUGUCAACCAGUUUCAAUGACCGUUGACAAUUUAAAAUUUUUAAAAGAAAAAUCCUAUAGAGUGUCUUGGAAAGCAGAUGGCACUAGGUAUAUGAUGCUUAUUGACGGAAAAGAUGAAGUGUACUUUUUUGAUCGUAAUAAUACUGUCUUUAAAGUAAAUGGUCUAACAUUUCUUCAUAGAAAAGACCUGAGUAAGCAUUUGAAGGAUACUUUACUUGAUGGGGAAAUGGUUAUUGAUGAAGUGGGUGAAGAAAAUAUACCCCGAUAUUUAGCUUAUGAUAUUAUACAAUUUGAAGGGCAAAAUAUUGGUAAAGAGUUCUUUUAUCCAACAAGACUUCACGUUUUGGAUGUGGAAAUUAUUAAACCAAGGUAUGCGGCUAUGGAGCGAAUGUUAAUAAACAAAUCUACAGAACCAUUUAGUAUAAGAAAGAAAGACUUCUGGCCCAUUUCCCAAACGGCCAGUUUGUUGAGUGAAAAAUUUGCCAAGUCUCUGUCCCAUAAACCCGAUGGACUUAUUUUUCAGCCUUCCAAGGAUCCCUAUAUAGCUGGUAGAUGUGACGAAGUGUUAAAAUGGAAGCCUUUGAGCAUGAAUUCAGUCGACUUCCGUCUUAAGAUAGUAACCGAGAAUGGUCCCGGCAUCAUACCAAAAAAAGUAGGCUAUCUUUAUGUGGGGCAGUUAGACCAGCCCUUUGCUAAAAUAAAAUCUAAAGACGUUAAACAUCUCGAUAACAAAAUAAUCGAAUGCAAAUACGAAAAUGAUCAGUGGGUAUUCAUGAGGGAGAGAACUGACAAAGUAUAUCCCAACAGUUACAAUACUGCCAAAGCUGUAUUUAGUAGUAUUUUAAAGCCAGUUACUAAGGAGAAACUGUUGGAAUUUAUUGAACGUGAAAGUUAUAAUGAGGACUGCGACAUAAUGCCACCACCCCCUUCGAAAAAAAUACGACGGUGAUUUUUAGGAAUAUUUUGUGAUGUUAAUUUUUUUUUUAAUUAAACCUACUUUGCGUUUAUUUAUUUAACUACUCAGUUUUGUAUGUUGCCAAUUAUAUUACCAUGAAUUAUCAAGUAAAUAAUACUUGAAAUAAUUUGUAUUGUUUUUUUAUUGACAUUUUUUUCCUUGAGCCGUUUAAACUUAUUUAAUAUAUUCUAUUUAUUUGCUUAGCUUUCAACUGAAAUUCAGAUUGUAUAUGUUAAAACUAUAAAACUAGAAUCUUUAACAAAACUGAUUUGUAUUGUUCUAUCUUUAAACAUAUUUCAAAUAAAUAAAAAUAAAAAUAUUUCAACAAAAUUUUAGAGUUACAGCUGUUUUGGAUAU